CUUCGAAAAAUCGGAAUAAUGGCUUCUUCAAAUGAAGAAGUGACUUUGCUAAGUGAAGUAGUUGAACCACCGGUUGGUUAUGAUGUCUGUAAAUUGUUCCCUUGUCUAUUUCUAAUCUUUGUUUCUGAGCUCAUUAUGAUUUUUAGCAACAGCAGAGCUCUUUAUUACCAAGAUUGUAGACUAUGAUAGACUAUUGAUAUUAACUGUUGGGAACUGACUAUUUCAUGGAUCCCUGCAAAUUCCUUCCAUUUUUAUUUUAUUGCAUAGCAGCUGUUCUAAGAGCUGUUUUGGCUGCCAAGGAUCAGAGUGCUUUUCAUUCAGACCUACCCAACAGUUACCAACAUGGGCUUCAUCAUGACUAUGAUACAUCAAGAUAUUCUUCUAGGAAUGGAUAUCCAAGGAAGGAUGUUCGCACAAGAAAACUUCCACAGCUACUUAGAGAUAAGAAACCCAACAUAAUUCUUGUUCUCACUGAUGAUCAAGAUAUUGAAUUAGGUUCCAUGAACUUCAUGCCAAAGACACUUAGAAUUUUAGGUGAUGGUGGGGCUCAUUUUUCGAACGCUUAUGUCACAACGCCCAUGUGUUGCCCCUCCAGAAGCUCACUUUUAACAGGUUUAUAUGUACACAAUCAUCAAGUGCACACCAACAACGAUAAUUGUAGUUCUCCCUGGUGGCAGCAAGAACAUGAAACUAGAACUUUUGCUACCUAUUUAAAUAAUGCUGGCUAUAGAACUGCCUAUUUUGGAAAAUAUCUAAAUGAAUAUAAUGGCUCCUAUAUCCCACCUGGUUGGCGAGAAUGGGUUGGACUAAUUCGCAACUCUCGAUUUUACAACUAUUCCAUAAAUGUGAACGGGAAUAAAAUAAAACAUGGAGACAAUUACUUUAAAGAUUACUAUCCUGAUCUUAUUGCUAAUGAUAGCAUCAGUUUCUUACGUAGAUCAAAGAGACAUUUUAUGAAUAAACCUGUAAUGAUGGUUUUAUCAUUUCCUUCACCUCACGGACCAGAGGAUGCAGCUCCUCAGUUUCAAAAUCUUUUUAUGAAUGUUACCACCCACAGAACUCCUAAUUGGAACUUUGCACCAAAUCCAGACAAGCAAUGGCUUCUUCGUCACACGGGAAAGAUGGAGCCGAUACAUGUCAAAUUUACUGAUACUCUGCACACUAAGCGGCUACAAACUCUACAGUCUGUUGAUGAUGCUGUUGAAAAGCUCUACAGAGAGUUACGCUUGCUGGGAGAGCUAGACAAUACCUACAUCUUCUACACAUCAGAUCAUGGUUAUCAUCUUGGUCAGUUUGGAUUGGUGAAAGGAAAAUCCAUGCCAUUUGAAUUUGAUGUCAGAGUCCCUUUUUUUGUACGUGGGCCAACAGUGCCUCGUGGUGUCAGGCUUCAAGAUAUUGUUUUAAAUCUUGACCUUGCUCCAACAUUUUUGGACAUUGCUGGUGUAGAGGUGCCUGACCAUAUGGAUGGCCGUUCAAUUUUGCCUCUUUUAAAGGAUGCAGAUACUUGGGCUAGCUCAGGGCAUAGACACACUGAAGUUAGAAGAAAAAAGUCUUGGAGAGAUAGCUUUUUAAUUGAAAGAGGAGUGGUUAAUAGCCAAAGAAAAAACAGAAAUCUUUAUCCUAAUAUCUCACCUAAUCUCCCAAAACUCACAAAAGAUCAGCGAUUAGGAAUUGAAUGCAGAAAACCCCACUAUUCAUCUCCCUGCAAGUUACAUCAGAAAUGGGAGUGCAUCCAUGAUGGGACUCGAUGGCGGAUACAGAAAUGCAGAUUGCAUUUUGGAUUUCCUAAUCAGUGUAUCUGUCCUGAUUCAGAUGGAGAAGACAGCAGCAGUUGGGAUUUUACGGAGUAUCGUAAAAGACCCGAUGCAGUUCUCAAAGCUGCAAAGAGGAGGAAACAUUUGGAUCAAGAUAUAGAAGAAUUGAACAAAUUUUUUGCUACCCCAGACUCAAAAUUGUCAACCAAGUCUAGAUGGAAGCGAUUUGUAAUUUCUGAUGAAUUUGAUGUUAAAGGAAUAGAACAGCUGUUUCUUUUACUCGAUGCUACUGUUGGAAACAAAACAGAAGACACCAUUUCAUCGUUGCAUAACAAGGUUGAAAACAGUAAACUCCUUCUGCCUGAAUUAGAUCUUACCACUGAGACUCCAGUUCUCGAAGACAGAGAAAAGCGAGAAACAACUCCUACAUUUCAACUAGGAAUCUCAAAUGAAUGUGUCUACCUGGCUAAUGGCAGCCGUGCUUGCUUUGAUGAAAAAUUUCAAACGCCAAGCCAAUGGCAUGAGAGGAAAGAAAAACUGGAUGGCAUGAUUAAGAAAUUGAAACAGAAACUUGAGGAAUUGAAGACAAUUCGAAAACAGUUGAAGAAGGCUAAGCCUCACAAAAAUAAUGUUGGCUCAGAAAUUUAUGAUCCACACUCUUUCCAGAAGGGAUGUAUAUGUGAUCCGGAAGACCAAAUACAAUUAAGACAACAGUUAAAAGAUGAAAGACGCUUACGAAGAGAGGACCUCAAAAAAGAGCGCCAAUUAAGAAAAGAAGAGCAUAUGAAAAAACUUGAAAGAAAGAUGCGUAGAAAGUCAAAGUUUGAAAACAUGACGUGCAAUGCUGAGAAAAUGAAUUGCUUUACUCAAGACAAUAACCAUUGGAAAACACCACCUCUUUGGACUGAUGGCCCUUUCUGUUUCUGUCAGAAUUCAAACAACAAUACAUUUUGGUGUUUAAGGACUAUUAAUGAUACCCACAACUUCUUGUAUUGCGAAUUUGUCACUGGAUUUAUUACAUUCUAUGAUUUGAGAACCGAUCCUUACCAAAUGAGAAAUGCAGUUUAUGACCUUGACUAUGCCACGUUAGAACGGCUACGAAUGAAUUUGAAUAAAUUGAGAAGUUGCAAAGGGGCCAAAGAAUGCACCAUUAGAAAUAGAUACGAAGGUUCUCGUCAUUUAACCCGGCAAAAGUUAGCUCUUUCGCGAAGCAGAGCACUAAGGCAUGGAAGAGGAGAUCAUAGAUGGAAUCGCAAGCACAAUCCUCACUUGUCAAGUGCAGAAAAACAGGGGUGAUUAACUAGAUAGACAAUCAAACUUUUUAAAUAAAAUAGUGACAGCCUGUUUUUAGUCAUAGUUGUGAAACUUUUUAUAAAUGUAUAUCAACAUGACAGUCACUGUUAAAUACUGUCAUGACUGUCACUUUUUAAAGCUUUUACCUCCUAAUUUUAACAAAGUUUACAAAAACUGCAUCCAGUAUUUCAGUAAAAAAGAACAUUAGAAUUAAAUUUUCUAAAAUCAACGACUGUUGUAGUUCAGUGAUUCAUGAUCCAAUGCUUGUUUAAAUCUAUUAUGUUUUAAAAUCCUUCAUUUAAAGUAAUCAUUAGAAAGCGAAAUUUAAUCCAUACCUUUUGUUUACAUUGUUAUUCUAUUACUAAACAGGUGUAUUGUAUAAAUGUAAAGUUAUGUAAAUCCUUGGUGUACUAUUAGAUAAGUUUUUAAAAGAAUAAGCGAAUUUUAUUGCUUUUAUCAAUGUCAUUUUGUAAUUUUUUUUUAUUGUUAGUAAUUAUAAUAAUAUUUAGAUUUAUUUGAAAGACGCAUCAUUAAGUCUGUCUUAGCUUUUUAUGAUAUCACAUUGCAUGCUCUUUAGAUAAAUACAAUCAAUUGUUCAAUAUGUUUUUAAUCUGAAAUGGUUAUAUUACAGAGUGUUCUGUAGUGGCUGCUCCUAAUAAUGUAUUUUUAGAAUAAUUAUUGAAAAUGAAGUCUGAAAAGUACAUAUUAGAGAUCAUGCAUUAUUAUUUAAGUGAAGAAGAAACUCAUUUGAAAUGUUUAAUCUUAGUUGAAUUUACAAAAACCUGUUUGGUUGCUGAUUGAGGUUUGAUUUUUCUAGUAGUCACCUUUCAAUUCAUCAGUGUUAAUUGACCCAUCUUCCUCAAUAGUGAGUUCUUAGCAUUGUUUUUCUUAGCUUAAAUAUUAUUUAAAAGCAUGCAUUCCAAUCUGCAUAUUUUUUUUCUUUCAUUUUUAAAAGAGUUUUAAAAGUAUACCAAUUAUAAGAUCUUCAUACCGAACACUCUGGAUAAAGCUUUUAUUUUUUACUUUAUAUAAUAAAUCUAACUUAAUCGAUUUCAAAAUCAGCUCUGCCUAUUAAUAAUUUUUAAGGUCGGCGGGAUGAACCUCGUUAUACCCAGAGCACUUGUAUUAAAAUCAACCUAUUAGUAAAUGCUUUUUGAUUUAUGUAAAUAUUUAAAAAAAUAAAGUUUGUAUAUAGUUUUAAAACUACUAUUGACUUUACUUUGUAAAUGGAUUAUGUUUGUUUAUCUAAUUUUUAAAAAGUAAUUAAUUAUUUGUAUUAUAAAAAGUAAUUAUUUGUAAUUAAAAAACGAAUAGUUUAUGAACUUAGUUACAUUUGUCAUCUUAAAUGGCAAUAGUAUUGAUAAUUGAGAGUAAGAUAUUUUAGUGCAGUCAUUGAUGUAUUUAGUUAAAAGUAAUUUUUAAAAAAUUUUAUGCCUUUGUAAAUUUGUUGAGUAGAAUUACUUGCUUUAAAAAUAUUAAUAUUCAAAAUAGUAAAAGACACUAUAGUUUUUUAUACAAUGCCUGUGCCAAAUUUGUAACUUUUAAAUCCAUUAAGUUUGUUAUUAAAUUAUUACAUAUUUUAAUGAAAAUUUUCUAACUUUUGCUGAAUUAAAGUUCCUACUGCUUUGCCAUAUGAAUAUAAAUGUAUUUUUAAACGAAGGUCUUAAAAAUUUAUCUCUUGAAACAAUUUAUUAAUUAUUUCAAAUAAUUUAAUGUUCAGUUAUUUAAUUUUCAAAACUUUAUGAAAAAGUAUGAAUUAACUUAGCUAUAUAUUUGAAUUCACGACUUUAAAAUUUAUUAUUCAAAAGUUUUUAUUGAUUAAUUCAAAUAAUUUGUUAUGUGUUGAAUUAAUAUAACAAGAGUUGUUAUGUUUGUAGCAAAAAAAUAUAAAUAAUUAAACACGUGAUUUUGAAAAGGAAGGAUAUAGUUCAUUAUUUUAUUAUGAAAAUAAUUAAAUAACUUUAGAUUUAAAAUUUUUAUAGCAGUUAUAUUAUUUCUGAAAUGAUGUGCAGGCUAAUUUUAAUGAUAUUGUCCGUUUGGCUUUUGGCGAAAUUAAAUUUUGUUCAGUGUUAUUGUUUUAAAAGUGAGUAAAAUAUUUAAGAGAACAUCACUGCCUUUGCUUCAAGUAUUUUCUAAUUGAAAUGAGUUUACUAACUAUUAUUAGUUAAUUAUAAAAUUAUUAAUACUUUUUUUACAAGCACUGAUUAUCCAUGCAUUUAAACAGCUGUUAGUUAAAUAUUGUUUCUUUUUUUUUUUUAAUUGUAAAAAGAAAUAAGGUGUACAUUUUUAUGAAAAACCUUGAGAAUUGGUAGCUAUUUUUAUUUUAUAUUAAAUUGUUGCUUAUGCCGGUAGAUUUGUUAUAAAAUAAGACUUGUUUAAUUUUUUUUAAUGUACUGUAAAUGUGUAAUUAAAAUAUAAGAAAUAAUUUCUUUUUAACACAAUUAAACAUUCUAUCGAAUUUUUCUCUGGUUUAAAUCCAUGUUGUAAUUUUUAUUACAUUUUUUAAAGAUAUUAUCAAUUAACUUUUUAUUCAUAUAUUUGUCAGCUUUGAAUAUAAGUAUUGCUAGUGUGUGAUAUUCUAUUAACUGUGAUUAUUAUAGUGGAGAAGUAGUAUUUGCUUUAUAGUAGAUCUGAAAAGAAUAACAUUAACUUAAUGAGUUCAACCUUCUGUUAAUUAUUUUAAUUAUAUAUAAGCGUUUUGUAAUUAUUAGCUACAAAUCUAAAAUGAAGAAUUAAGCAGCUUUAAAGAUUUUUUUUUGUUUAAAAUAAUUAUUUUGGAAUUCCUGUGAACAAUUAGUAUGAAUGGUUCACUGAAUGUAAACAAUAACUAGCUUCCUAAAACUGGUUGAAAUUUAGAAAACUUCUGGUGUAUCCCUCCGCUUGUUAUGCUUACGAGGCGAUGUGUGAACAGGCUUAAUAUUCUAGGAAGUUUUAUUAUUGUGAUUUGUGUUUAAAUCAACGCGGAAUUUUACCAUUCAUUAGAGUUUACUGUAAUUUAUAAAUUCUAACAGACGUGAGCCUAAAAGAAAUUUAAUAUCGCAGCAUAAAUAAAGUGUAAGGUUUACCAUGUUUUUAGUUUUAUCCAUUAUUUGGCUAUAUUGUAAAAAAUAGUGCCAUUUGUUUUGUUUUGGGUUAGCAUCUUAGCAAGCUUGCGGAAUUUUCCAAAUUCAUUUGUUUGAUUGAAAGUUAAAUUGAAAACUCUACAAGCAUAAUAAUAUAGGAUGGCGUGUUUUUUCAAGCUUGUGCGUAAAAAUCAAUCAGAAGUAGUAACCCAGAAGUCUUAUGGCAAAUUUUAACCGCCCUGCGCCAUAUGCGCUUAGCUUUACAUGGUCAACCAUUCACAAUUCUUUGAACUGAAAGUGUGAUUACAUGGUGAAAUUUUUAGAAUUAAGUUAUUAUAUUUAGUAGUGCCAUGAAAAAAAAUGUGAUUCAAUAGUUUUAUUGAGGAUAAAUAUUGGUAUCUUUAGGUUUUUGUUAUAUAUAUUCUUCAAUCAGGUGUAACAUUUUCCCUACCUGUAUUUAAUGUGCUCUUUAAAUUGUCUGGAAAUAAAAUGUGCGUCUGCUAUUUAUAAGCUGCAUGUUGUAGAUAAUGUGUAAACCCGUGAAUACUAUCUUCCAUUUCAAAAAGUUAAGUAUCCAAUUGCCUUUCAACUUACUGGGUAUCCCGAAAAAUGACCUACGAUUUGAAAACUGGAGGAGAUAACGAUGUAUAGUUUGUUGUGUUCUACUUAAGAAUAUUUAUUUCCACUAAGUUCUUAAAUAGAUGGCGCUACUGAAUAGUGACGAAACAAAGUUUUCAUAAUAGUUACUCUGAGCGUGUCAAAUGUCUUGCAAAAAUUAUCAAUUGGAAUAGUCAGAUUUACAAUUAAAAAAUUGCUUUUAUAGUUUUCCCAGUUAGCAGUGCCAUCUGUUGACAUGUUUUGUAUUUAAUUUUGAAAUUUUGUGAGAGUAAAAGGAACUUGUUUCCUAAACACUAGGUAGCAAAUCUCCUUUGAGUUUUCAAAUUGUUGGUCAUUUUUGAAACACCUAGUUCAAAACUGCCAAUGUAUAUAGAUUUUAAGUAAAGUGGGCGAUUCAUGCUCAUGGUAGGAUAAGAAAGUAGUGCGGUUUGUAAUUUUACUUAAAAUUUGAUAUUUUUGUGGGCAUUAUCAAUAUGCUUUGUUGAUUGAAAAUAUGCCAAAUGUUUGUUAAUAUUUGUAAGUAGGCUUAAUUUAUUUGUGUACAUACCACUUAGAAAAAAAAAGUGGCAUUUGUAAUUUUAAACAUUUUUCUGUUCAUUGGAAAAUAAAUGCUUUGGUGUUGUA